CAAGCGAAGAAAAGCAGAGAUUGAAUUGUGGAGCAAAAAAGCUAUCCAAAGGGGAACAUGUAAAGGAAAAUGAAAGAACAAAGACUGAAUAAUGGGAAUGUUUUUUCCUCUCUAUCUGAAGAAAAUAUGCGUCUUUCUCUUUGAGAUUCAGAAAUAGGUUGACAGCUAUUCAGCGAGCUCCAUUUCAAAUGGUAGCAGCAGAAUGGAUGGAAAAUACAAGGAGAGGCACUGCUUCCACGAUUCAUAUUGACUCAAAGGAGUUAGACGAUACCUUACCGAUGGCUUGCAGUCAAUUCUCCAUGUCUCCUCCAACGAAUUGUAAAUUGACGUAGGCAUUGAAUGCUACAAAUCAAGUCAAGUUUGGUGAAUUAAAUUCCUUUGGUGGGAUGUCAUCCACUUCUAUUGCUACAUAGUAACCUUUGGGUUUCCGACGGCUGGUAUUGACACUUCAGGGUGUUAUGAUGGGUGAAGUGACGGACGCAAAGGAAUUAAAAAAUACCUUUAUUGUUCCCGCAAUAAAGUCUUUUGAUCGUUAUGAUUUUUCACGAGCAAAAAUCUGCUGUAGCCUCACAUGGCUAGUGGCCAAAGCAUUUGUGACAGACAGUGUGCCGGCCGAAUUGAAGGAGCCCUUCUACACAGACCAGUAUGAUCAGGAGCACCUGAAGCCUCCAGUGGCCAACCUGCUGCUGUCUGCUGAUCUCUACUGUAGAGCCGGGAGCCUCAUCCUGAAGAGUGACGCCACCAAGCCCCUGGUUGGCCACGAUGAUGUCAUCCAGGCCCUGGCUCAGAAGGGCCUCUACAUCACAGACCAGGAGAGGCUGGUCACAGAGCGUGACCUCCGCAAGAGGCCCAUACAGAUGAGCGCCCACCUGGCAGUGAUUGACACACUAAUGAUGGCGUACACGGUGGAGACUGUGAGCGUGGAGAAGGUGGUGGCGUGCGUCCUCCGGUACUCUUCCCACAACGGCGAAGACGCCGACACCCCAUACGACACAGAGGACGCCAUGACCAGCUGGAUCAACAAGGUAAAUGAGUAUCUGAAAGAUAUCAUCUCUCAGGAGCUGAGGAGAGAGAUGCAGAGUGUUGAGCCAGUUGGCAAGCCAGGGGCUCGCUACAGGAAGGAGCAGGCGGUGGCACAGCAGGUGCCCUGGAUCCCCCCUGUGGACAACCUGUUGAAGGACACCACUGACGGCUGUGCCCUGGCCACUGUGCUGCACUUCUACUGCCCACAGCUAGUCAAACUGGAAGAUAUCCGCCUUAAGGAGAGCAUGUCACUGGUGGACAGCCUGUACAACCUGCAGCUGGUGCAGGAGUUCUGUCAACAGCACCUCGACCGCUGCUGCCACUUCAGUCUGGAGGACAUGGUCUACGCCUCCUCGUCAGUCAAAAACAACUACCUUGUGUUCAUGGCCGAGCUGUUCUGGUGGUUUGAAGUGGUGAAGCCCUCCUUUGUACAACCAAGAGUUCUGGACACUGAAGGAAAGCAGUUUUUUCCAGCCCUCACAUCGUUGAGGAACAUGCCCUCUGUUCCCAUCUCCAAUGUCACCAAGACGAGCUUCAUGGAGAGACCGCCCAGCCCAGAACGACCCAGCCUGCCUCUCCAACCACAACCUAGGAACUCAGGUGAAAUAAAGAGAUCGACCUCAAUGUCCUUUGUGGAUGGCUGUGUAGGAACUUGGCCCAAGGAGAAAAGGUCUGGGCCUUACGGUGUAUCCUUCGACAUCCCUUUUGACAAAGAGGACACCGCCCAGACAUCCACUCCCCCCGGCCGUAGCAUGACUCGCUCUGCCAGCACAGAGGGCUUCAAGGUUCAACAGAUGCCCCGGGGCAUGAAGAGGAACCUGUCCUUCCAGCCCAUCAACGGGCAGGGAACGGGCAUCGAGGAGGAGGGCCGCCUGGACAACCUGUCAGAGCCCGAUCUGCCCAGACAGCCUGGCAGGCCUGAACCCCCUGGAGGCCCACUGAGGUUCCCCAACGGUGGCUCAAACCUGGACAGGCACGGAAAUGGCAUCUCCACCCCCAGCAUGGAGGAAGCCCUUCAGAUAAUCCACAACACUGGUAGGCAGGCCCCACAGAGCCCUCUGACAGAGGGCAUCAAAAAUGGUUUCUUUCUGCACAGUCCAAACCAGGGCAGAGGAGGUGGUGAAGUUGGCCUGGACCCUAAUGCUCGACCGGAGAAGAGGGACCUGGACUCGUUGAGCACCACAGACACUACGGAGGUGGACACGGGCAUCCACGUGAGGACCGAGGACAUCGCCGAGACCCUGGACGAGGACUCAUCGCUGAGGGAAGCUCUGAGCAUGGAGCUGGACAUGGACACGCCCAGCCCCUGCCCCAGCAGUUCCGGCUACGCCAAAUCUCCCUCCACCAGCUCCGGCACCAAGAUGACCAGCUUUGCCGAGCAGAAGUUCCGGAAGCUCAGUGUCCCCGAAUCGGGGGGAAGAAGCAGCAGCAGCGGGGGCGGCAGCUCCCUCAAGACCACCCCCGAGGGCUCAGAACUGGGCCUCCCAUUGUCCGUCUCCUGGGCACCCACUCCGGAACACAGCCCCGUGCAUCAACAGAUUGCGCCUCUCACCCAAGACACUUCAACUGGGCCAGCCCAGGCCCCUCCCCCUAGCGACCCGGCCCAGGCCAUGGCGACGGAGAUGGUGGAGCUGCGCAUGCGCCUGGAGGAGAAGCGAAAAGCCAUUGAGGCGCAGAAGAAGAAGGUGGAGGCCGCAUUCACUCGCCACCGCCAGAGGAUGGGCCGCUCCAUCUUCCUGGACGUGGUCAAGAGGAAGGGUGACGGCGCCUCGGGGGUAGGAGGACAGGAGGAAGGGGGGAAGACGACAACGGAAGAUGAGAGGAAAACAGGGAGGAGCAAAGCGGACACGCCCGACGGGGCUGAGCAGGGGCAGGGACCCUCUGGGGCCCGCUGGCUGAAAUCCUCCUCCUCCGGAGGGGGAGGAGAAGAGGGAGGUCAAGGUCCCGCCGGAGGUCAAGGACCCGGUGAGGUGGAUCUAGCUGAAUACACACGCUCCAUCGAGAAGCUGAACCACUCACUGGGCUUCCUGCAGACAGAGAUGCAGCGCCUGGCCCAACAACAGGAGGUCAUUAUGGCCAUGAGAGAACAAAAGCAACAACAGGCCUGGGUCAUCCCCCCUCCCCAGACCUCGCCACAGAAAUACGCCCGCGCCUCCACUCGCUCCUCCGGCUCACCCUCCCCGGCCGACUCACCCCGCUCCGCCCACCGCUCGCCCACGAGCAUCAAGAGGAAGUCGGCCUCCUUUCACUCACGGAACCCCCGCACGCCGCGCCCCAGCGAGCUCAAGCUGGCCCCCUAUAACCGCUGCCUGACAGCACCCCAGUCUGUGGACAGCCUCCCCCGCCUGCGCCGUUUCUCCCCAUUCCAGCCCAUGGCCUUUGCCUACAUGGGGGAGAAACCCACCGGUCAAACCACAGAGACAGAGGACAAGGAUAGGGACAGGGACACUGAACCCCUGCUAUCCCCAGAGACAGAGGCAGGUAGUGCCUCUUCUCCCUCCUCCCCAGCCAAAGACAACCAGAAAAGACAAGAAGUAACCCGAGAGAUUGCAAAGAAGGAUGAAGCAGAGGAACAUGAGGAGAUGGAAGUAGAGGAGAAGAAGCAGGUGAAAAUGGAUGAGCUCAAACCCAUAAUAGUGUCGACUGUAUCUGAAGUGCUGGCCCAGCCAGUGAAAGAGACCUUUACGGUCACCCCCACCGAGACCCCCCUAAUCUCAGACCUCUUUGGCGGGGCAAGAAGCAACCUGAUUGAGGUGCCUCUGUAUGUGCUCAAGCCUCUUGAGGGAGAAGGCAUGGAGGAGAGUGGAGACAUGGAGGGGACCUAUGGCGAUGACGAGAAAAUGUCCUGUGGCUUUUUCUUUAAGGAUGACGGUAAGGGGGAGAACAACAUUGCUCAGAAGAGGGCUGCUUUCGUGGAGAAGAGGCUGAGGAGGGAGAAGGAGACGCAGCAGAAGAAGCUGCAGCAGGAGGCGGAGCUCGAGCAGAAGAAGGAGGAGGCCCGAGUGAAAGCAGAGGAAGAGCACAUGAGGAAGGAGGAGGAGAAGGCCCGCCGGGAGUUCAUCAAGCAGGAGUACAUGAGGAGGAAGCAGCUCAAGCUCAUGGAGGACAUGGACACAGUGAUGAAGCCGCGGCUGGCCGGCUCCAAACAGAGGAGAGCCCGGCCCAAGUCCAUCCACCGGGACAGCAUGGACUCCCCCAGAACCCCGGCCGGGGCGGCAGGUUCACGCCCUCGUGUUUUUUCAGUCUCCAGCUUGUCUCUGGCCUCGCUCAACCUGGGAGACAGCGACAGUGUGCACUCUGAGAAGAGAACACCAAGGCCUGAUUCUGCAGAUGGUUUUCUGUCCCCUUGUCGAUCUGGGAGCCGGAAUGGGGAGGACGAUUGGGAGAACGGUUCCACCACCUCGUCUGUUAAAUCUAACACAGAGUACACCGGACCCAAAUUGUACAAGGAGCCAAGUGCCAAAUCGAACAAGCAUAUCAUCCAGAACGCACUGGCCCACUGCUGCCUGGCAGGCAAGGUCAACGAAGGCCAGAAGAACAAGAUUCUAGAGGAAAUGGAGAAAUCAGAGGCCAACAACUUCCUGGUGUUGUUCCGGGAUGGGGGUUGUCAAUUCCGUUCUCUGUACACGUACUGCCCCGAGACGGAUGAGGCCACAAAGCUGACCGGCAUCGGGCCCAAUCGCGUCACCCGCAAGAUGAUCGAGGGCCUCUACAAGUACAAUUCAGACAGGAAGCAGUUCAGCCAGAUCCCCGCCAAGACCAUGUCUGCGAGCGUGGACGCCAUCACGAUCCACGGCCACCUGUGGCAAACCAAGAAACCAGCCACCCCGAAGAAAGUGGUACCUGCCAAGCCCUAAUGGAACUUGCUGUACACUCCCAGCCACCCCCACCAUUUCCCUUCAAAUGGAACAGUCCACAUUCAAUUUGCACUUCACUGUACAUAUCCAUGAGGAUUCAGCACCUGCAAUGCCAGUUAGAUGAAUAUGCAUACUUCUGUUUUUGUUGUUUUGUUAUUUCUUUUCAUUCCUGUUCAUUUUCCUUUAAAAUUCCAAACUGGACAUGGGGACUCAGUUAAAGAUAUGCACAACUGGAAUGUAAAACACUAUUUAGUUAAGAGUUGUACAUGGAUAUCACUGAUGUGUUUAGUACAAGAGAUUGUCUGAUUUUAGUCAUUUUAGUACAGCAAGUGUGUGUGUAUGUGGUUUUGUAUAUGCCAAAAGAGCGACAAAAAAGAAAAUAUACGAAUGCCAUAUGUUUUAUUUGGCACACUGAAGCACUGAAUGUUACUCAUCUGUAUAGACAGAAUUUUGCUUAUCUGUUCAAAUGUGUGGCCUUACGCUCGUUUUUGUUUUUGUAUGUCAGUGCAAUGAGCUGAUUGUAAACCUAGUGCAAUCAGCUCAGAGACUUUUGUAUGCUGUAUGCUGAGGUGACAACGCUUUUUCCAUGUUUUAGGUUCAAAUGCAAGCUGAUAAGUCUGCAUAAGCUAUACACAACAUUGAGGGCCAAAAAACAAGAGCAAAAAACCAACAAGCUUACAGCUAGUGUUAGCCACCCAAUACAUUGCACGACUAGGCCAAGUGUUUUUCCCCAGCUUAUCCCUCCUUUUGGAAAAUGUGUUUUAAAGAACUCAUCUUAAACCUCACUGUACUUUCUUAAUGCUGUGUGUUCACAGCAGGUUUGUGAACUAAAAAUAAACAUACGUUUACGUAACCUCCUUUCAAUUGUCACAAAAUGGACCAGAUUUGGUGAAAUGUCUGUUACGUCUGUCUGUAAUGAUUUGGGCCAUUUGAAAAUGCUAAGUUUCUUAACUAUGGAUAUAAACUCAUGAUAUAGAACAAUUUAAUGUUAUUAAGGAUUGUGAUUUAGAUUUUGGACUAUGAAAAUGGACUACAGCCCUAGUUAGGUACCAUUAUAUUUAUUAUACCAUAAACAGUAAUUGUUGUUGAUUCUGUUUUAGUUCAGUCAAAAAUGUUUUCAGAAUGUUAUCAUUUUUAAAAUUCUCAAUGUCAAAUUCCUUGUCAUAAGUUUGUUUAUAGGAUACUGCUUGACAGUGAGAUUAACACACAGCUUGUGUAUUAUUUUGCAUACUUAUCAGGUAUAGAAAAAUACUGAUUUAUUUAAUUUGCAUUUAAGUAUUUCAAGACAAUUAUGUAUCACAUGAUGUGGUAGAUGCCACACUCAUUUGGUAAGAAAGUACUUUGGUAUGAGUACAUUUUUAGAGACCCCACUUCUACUGCACACAUGGAGACCAGACUGAUGUUAUGCAAGGCAAAGAUUCCCCCCCCCCCCCUCUAAUAGCUGACUGAAGGCAGAAUGUGGCAAAGUUUGUCACUCCAAUACGGCUAGAGGCUUCUUACUGUCUCCCACCAGCGUCAACACUUUCCUUUUGUCUAUUAAAGUAGCCUUGUCGAGCAACAACUUGUGUAGGUUGGGGAUUAAGGGAUCACAAACAUACAAGACUCCACACACCCUAUACGGUUCAAACAUUGGUGUUUGGUUUUCAUUGGGGUAUAUUUAUAGAAUUACCAAAAGAGAAGUUAUGCGUCUCUGGAAUUUUGUAGAAAAUGAUAUUGCUAUGGGACUACUGUUACAGUUGUCUUAUUAGGCCGUUUAAGGCCAAGAUUAAUGGCUAUUUAUUCAUAAAUGAGUGGACAUUGUACAGUGUUGCCGUAAAUUAGUCUGUCCAUCCUCCUGAUGAAGCAUUGCUUCCAUUUUGUUUAUCAGACCGUGUGGUGUCAUUCAACAUAUUGCUGAACAUUGUAGGUUUGUUUUGUUUCUCUUUUGCAUUGAAUAAAAUGAAGCAUGGCCUCAA